UCUCUCUCCUGCAUUGUCUCCUUUUCCACGAUUCUCCUUCUUCUUCACAGUCAUCUUCUAUGCUUUCGCACUUUUCUCGUCCCUCGUUCUCUCAGGACUCUCGAUCUCUCUCUCGCCAUGUCUGCCCCACGGCUCCCAUUCCUUUAUCCCAACCUCAUGCGCGCAGUCCGCGCAUGUGAUCAGUCCUCCCACCGCUCCAUUCGGAUCCCACACAAGACCAAACACGCUCCCUUAAACUCCUGUCGACGAUACGCCCAGCAAUCCUAUCACCGACGCUACGGUCCUGCCGCGGAAGCGAACCUGCCUCCCCCGUCCCGCCCGAAAGGCGCUGCUCCAACCCCACCCGUGCCGAAGGACGGCGACCAGCAGGCCGCAGAAGCCGCGCCGCCGGAGCAACUGCCGGAACAGGAUGCCCAAAGCGAUAAUGCACCAGAUAAAGAGUCACUACCAUCCCAAUCAACACCCGAUGAAGCCAAGGAACCCAAGGAACCCAAGGAACCCAAGGAAGCGGAGAUAGUUGCAGAACCUGGUGAAGGACAUAACGCGAACGAGCCGGACCCGAACGAGGAACCCGCGGCGGAGGAAGAACCCGAUGUAGCGCCUCCCAACGAACCGGCAAAAGAACAACAACAACGGCCUAGACCGGACGUCCAUCCCCAUCAUCUGGGGGCAAACCCUCUUGAUGGAGUCCUGCACAUGCCGUCGCCCUCGUCCCAGCUGACGACCUCCGGCUUCACGCCCUCCGAAGACGGGAAAGGACCCCAAUUGACACCAGCUCCUUACGUCCACCACUUCGAUACCUACUCUCUCGUCCGUGAUCUCUCCACGGGCGGCUUUACCGAUGACCAGUCUGUCACGGUCAUGAAAGCGGUCCGAGGCAUCCUGGGCGACAACUACGACUUGGCAAAGCAAACGCUGACCUCCAAGUCCGACGUCGAGAACGAGAGCUAUCUGUUCAAGGCCGCUUGCUCGGAGCUUCAAUCAUCCCUCCAGACUUCGCGGAACUCGGAAAUGCAGCGACAGCGCGCAUCCCGGACGCAGCUGCAGCACGAGGCGGAUAUACUAUCCCAGCGGCUGAACCAGGAGCUUAUGGGGCUUAAAGACGACAUCAAGGGCAUGUUCAACGACCACAAGAUGGUCACCCGGGAGAACCAGCGGAGCAUCGACACGUCCGUGCAGGAACUCAACUACAAGAUCACGGUGUCGCUGAAUAGUGACGGCAAGAGUGAGAUUGAAAGCCUUCGGUGGAUCCUCACCCGGAGGGCAGCCAUGGCGAUUGCCAUCAGUGCUUUCAUGAUCAUCCUCUUCCUGAAAUACUACUCCGUCCUCAAAACCCACGACGUCGCUGAGAAACAAAAGGAACCCCCCGUCAAGGAGACCCCCGAGAAGAAGGUUUCCAAAGACGCCGCAGCAGAGCAGCCUCCGAUCUCGAUGCUGGAAGCGCACGUCAGCGAGUCACUGGGUUGAGCCCUUCUCACCCUUCACUAACAUGACAUGCAUGACAUAUCAAUGGCGUUGUUUGAUCUAUCUCCGAGCAUCUACCUACUCAUUAUACAAUAUCAAACCGAUAUCUAAUAUCUACUCUCAUCUCCUGUUCAUCUCCCAUGUCUCUUUUUUUUUUCUUUUUGUUUCUUUUUAUUUGAUUCAUUACGUGGUUGAGCCCGCCAAGACAUUCACAUUUUGAUACCCAACGAACAACAUUCAGACUUGUUGCGAGAAUGGGAUGGAUGAAUGGGUGGAUGGAUGGAUGUAUGUAUACUAGAUAGAUGAUAGAAAAAUAGAUAGACAAGAACAGGCUGCUUCUCCGUCCUCUUUAGGUGGACACACCCUGCUGA